AUGCAGGCAACAACACCACCAACUCUCACCGAUUGCCUCUUCAGGAACACGAGGUCAUCUCAAAGCCCCCCUCCCCAGUCUCAGGAAAUCACUAGCGCCCACCCCAACAGUCUCUACGAAAAUGUACUAGAUCCAUUGAUCAAGGAUACUGUUGGCCAGCGAAACACAUCCGCUAUAAAGUUAGCGCUGUACGUCUGCGGGGGUUCCACUUGGAGCGAAAUCCAGACCAAGAUCUUUACGAAGUUCAAAACGGAGUGUCUUGGGCUUGCCGAGCGCAACGACGAUGGCGCAUGGGCCGUAUUGGACGACGACAUCAACGAGUCACACUUUGGACGUAUCCUUGCGUUGCGUUACGGGAGCCACACUAAGAAGAACAAAGAUCGAUCUUGUGCCCCAACGGAAGCCACUAUUCAAGAGUAUAUGGCCAAGUUGCACACCAAGUGGGAUGACACAUGGGAGGCUGCGUACCCUAUCGGGCGGAUUUGGGCCACCUUUGAUGUGAAACCGCCGCUCUUGGCUUGGGAAUCCCGAGUCCAGCAAAUGCCGCCUCCACACGUGCUUGCUCGGCUGAAACCAAGGAUAUCGGGGCAUCAAGUUCGCAUGGAAUCGUUUCACCGUCACAUUCGAUCAGGAUUGGACGUUGUGGAUGCGUCCCUCGCCGGACGAUUUAGCCGGAGCUGUUGA